AUGGUCAACAUUGCCGAAAAGUUUGGGCAUCAACGUACACCAACGUUCUAUUCAGACGAUGUAAACAAAACUCCUUCAACUAUUGAUUACAUUUUUGGUUCCAAAAAUCUUUGUAACAAAAUAACUGGAUUCAAUAUAAGUAGAGAGAACUCCUCAUAUAAAUCAGAUCAUACACUAAUACUGACUGUGAUAGAUCAUCCCAAUUCAAAUCUUAUGAAAAAUAAGAAAUCGUUUUCAAAAUCACAAACAGAUCAAAACUUAUCACCUCAGUCGUUUGUUAAUCAGAGGCAAAUUGAAGACGCUAUUAAAGAAGCUUUAAAGGUCGCCAAAAUUAAAAAAUAUAAACAUACUCCUCCAAAGAGAAACAAUUUUCCACUACAUAUUAGAAGACAAUAUAAUCAAUUAUAUCAAUUAUCGUCUUUCAAAGAAUAUUUAAAGGAUUGGGCAUCAAUCGGGCAAAACAGUGAAUUAUUCAAAAUCACCAACGAUAAUCUCAAUCAAUCUCAAAAUGAUUCUAUAGACAUAGAUAAUAUGCUUAAUGUUUUCAAUAAAUAUUGGAUAAAAAAAAGAAAAUGGUUAAAUAAACUUUUAUUGAUUAAUAAGAUUAAUCCAAUCAUACCUUUACCUCCGAACAUCACCUCUGAGAUUGAAAAUACAAGAAUUAGGGAAAUUAUUACUACACUUGAAAACAAUAUCAAAAAGCAACUAGACAAAGAUCGAUCACGUUGGGAUACAGAUCAAAUAAACAAAUUUAUCAACAGAAGGGAUGACGACAUCAAAAAUAAUAACAAGCAUGAAGAAAAUGAUGAAAUUAAAUUUUCAAAUGAUAGAGACACGAUAACUCGUAUUACUAAUUCACAUUUUCAAAAUAUUGGGUCAAAAAAUAGUGGUGAAAAUGUUUACAAUCACUUAACAGGUUUUGAUACUUUUUGGAACCCUAUUUAUCAACCGCGAACUAAUAUUCCAUUACAAGAAAAAGAAUUCUUAUCUUCAACAAUCACAAUUGAAGAAAUGGAAGAAAUUUUAAGAUUGCUCCCUAAUAAUAAAGCUCCCUGGAUUUCCAAAUUAACAUACGAGAUAUUUAAGAAGAUACCAACAAGAUUCUUAAAAGAGAUAGUUUAUCUUUAUAAUUUUUGUAUUGACCAUCAGGUUAUUCCAGAAAGUUGGCAAAAAGCUCUUUUAUAUCCAAUUCCGAAACCACAGUGGUGGGACAAUAUAUUAAAACAUCUCGUUACUACAACCUUGGUAACAACUGACGAGUGUUCAAAGGAUGAAGAAAAAUCAUCAAAACCAAUAAAAAAAUUCUUGGACAUAUUGCAAAAAGUAAAGGUCGAAAGUUAG